AUGCUCUACCAAUACGCUGAUGGGUGCUCGGAAUAUGCCCAUAGAAACAAUCUCAAGCAAUGGAUUGCCUCCCAAGCUAUCAAGGACCCAUCUGUGACCACAUGGGUGUACUUCAACGCAUACGCCAAUGCCCCCAAGAGCCCCGAACGUCCAAGGUGGAAUGGUCCAAUUUGUCCAAUCAAUACCUCUCCUCUAGAGGAUGUCUGGACCCAAGACGGAAGCCAGCUGCUUUCCCAGGCAUCGAAUGAGAAGUACGAAGGUGGCAUGUAUUUGACAUACGAUCAUUCCGAUCAAAAGAUGAAGGUCUACAAAGAGCUCCCGGACACAGAGAACAGCCUUGCAGAUCUCGAUUCGUUUGCUAGCUAUGCUUUGGUAGAUUGCCUGACAAAGGGGUCCAAUGAUGCAUUCUUGACGGUCAACACUCAUGGGGCGGAGGGGAAACAACCACAAGGUGGCCGGAGGCGCCGCAUUCGGAAUCUUCGCCGUCAACUGCAGACAUCAGAUCCGAAUCUUUUUGCUCGAGAUGAGACAGACCCACACUUUUUUGAACGUGAUCAAGGGACAGUCAUCAAUGCGCCAAAUGUCACCGUAAAUGAGCAAAUGGUUGAAAAACUGAAGCAAACUCUUGAAAAUCUACCGCCCGGAGGCCCCGACAAGUUCUCGGUCAUUGGCUUUGAUCAUCACUUCAUACAAGGCUUCAGUAUCAUCAAUCAAUUCAAAUCAAUAGCUCGGAGUGUGAUCGGGAGCCAAUCCUUCGUGCCGGAUCAUGGCUGGUCCUUCGACACCCUCACAGAAACAUCUUCGGCACAGGCUUUGGCCAAGGAAAUAUCAAAGAACUUUGUUGAUCAGCCCCAGCAAGAGAAUGGAGAACAUGCAAAUUCGAAGACAAUUUCAGUUGUUGAUACAGGAGACGCGUUCUCUCGCUUUGUAUCGGCCUUUAAUGACUACUUGGGGGUGCUGAUGAACCUCCUCGGAAACGGCAACGACACUGCUCUGUUCACCUUUAUCCAUCGGGCUAGAGUUGAGGCCAUCGUCUACAAUGAACAAUAUCAAUUGCCUGAUCUGGGAAGCCUUUUUGAGGAACUAAACAAACACUGCGAUCCCAAACCAGACAGCGAACUUCAUGCCAAGUCGAUGGCUGUUAUUCAAGCAUACAAUUCUGUGUUCCAUGCACGAGAGUUCGGACCUGGCACGGUCGAGGGAACGGGAAUGUACGUUGAAGUGCCCAUUGUCGAAGAGUAUCGAAAAGAUCCAGUGUACUGGGAUAAAGUCCUCUUCCCCCCAAGUCUUUCUGACAUCCCCAACUACAUGCCGUUCUGGAAAGGAUACACACAAGUAGAGAAAGUUUUUGGAGACAAGAAAGAUAGCGUUUGCCGUGGCACUCUUGGAGCUGGUGGCGAGGCAAUCUUCAUCGACCCCGAAGUCAUCAUCAAUCGACAGGACAACAUAACUGUGGCCACCAAUUUGGGCGAAGCUGUUGUUGAUGUUGAGGCGAGGUAUGGUCUGGACAUCUCGAAUCAAGUUGACGAGUGGAAAGCGGAUUUCAUGGCCGCUGGUAUUGGUGCGCCUCCACCUCCAAAUAGACAUCUUCGAAGGGAUUUGCAAUCUCAGGAGCAAGCAGAAGAGUACCUUGUCAUGUACGGCGGUAACGCUCCAGGAGAAUUUGAUUUCUCACCAGAAGCGAAGUAUCAUUACUCUGCCACUUGGGACCGAAAGUUCCAUGUCAUCAUGGAGGCGGAAGAUGAAAGCACCUACCAACCUUUGUUCCUGGACGGACCUCUUGAUCCUACCAUGGUCCAGAGGAUCCCCAUUAUUUACUUUGGUCCCGAAACCCCAAAUGUGAGAGACAGCGGUCAAAUUCCGAGGGGAACGCCAGUAGAACUGGCCAAAGGACGACUUGGUGGUAAUCAUGGCACAUUAGAGUUCCACAUGCAAGAUUCCGAAGAGUCUUACACCCUCUGGGUUAUCUUCUGCGAUCGGAGUACUUUCAAACUUAUUACUUUUGACGAGGCUGGCGAACCCGUCUUCAGUGACUGUGCGUCUCGAGAGGUUCGACCUGAUCAGGGAGGCUUUUUGGCCCCCAUCGUGCCUGUCAGGGCAUUUGUUAGUGGCAGAAACAUAACUGAGAUUGUGGGUGGGACCACAGGGAGACUUCUCCGCUGGUCUGAAGAUGUUCACUUGCACAUUGAAUCAAAGUCAGACUCCGAAAUUCGCGAGCAGUUUGGUACCAGGUCAGUGGUCAUUGAAAUGGAAGCAAAGAGCAGCGACUCCGAAGAGCAUGACUUUGUGAGGCACACAUUUGAUUUGACCCCGGGAGAGCAAGGGAGGACUCCUCCACCGAAAUCAGUAAAACAAGGUGAUCUCGCAAAAUGCAAACCAGCCGUGCAAAGCACUACGAUUCAAGGCGCAGUAGCUCGUCAAGCAGUGUCUGGAGACUUGGUUUCGUUGGCGCAUACAGACCGUGAAAACGCCCCUUGGUGGACGGUUGAUCUCUUGGACGAUCACAAGAUCGAUAGUGUCGUAAUUGUCAAUCGUCAAGAUUGUUGCCAAGAACGCUUGGACCGUGUGACGGUUGAGUUGUUGGACGAGGCAGGGGCAGUGCGGGCCACAGUGCAACACAAUCCCGACGCAGACGGGCCUAUCAAUGAUGCAUGGACGGCUUUUUUUGACAGAGCAAGCGCAAGGAAAGUUCGAGUUUCCACUCAAUGGCCAGCAGGACAGCUUGAGUUUCUAAACUUGGCAUCGGUGCAAGUCUACGGCGACUGCACGGAUAAAGACUCUUGCGAAGCGAAGCCGGGGUGUAGGCAUGGCGACAUUGCCUUUUGUAAGGCGGCUCGGCAGAGCUCAACCAUUGUGCAUCGUACAAUGAAUGAUGGCCACGAAGCUCGUCGUGCCGUGGAUGGAACAGAACAUCUUGCACACACGGAAUGCGAAAGGGCGCCAUGGUGGAUUGUGGAUUUGGCCUCUGAUCACGUCAUCUCUCAUGUGGUUGUGAAGAACAGAGAGGACUGCUGCUUUGAACGACUUGAUGGUCUCAAGGUUGAACUGUUGGAUGCUUCCGAGCAGGUUGCAGACGUCUUUCAGCAUGAUCCUGCUGCAGAAGGCCAAAUCAAGCCAAUGCUAACAAUACCUUUCAAUGGAGUGGUGGCCCGAAAAGUGCUUGAGGAUGUCCAUCCAUCAGCUGAAGCAAGCAAGCAAGCAUGUGAAGUAUUUUCAUGCAAGGGACUAUGUGUUUGCAUUGUGGGCAUGUUAUUGUUGGGUUUUGGGUCUCCAUUAUUGAUGUGA